AUGACUAUAACCAUUUCGAAUUUGGAAUUUUUGCAGUAUCACAAUAACGUUUAUAAGAAUGAAGAUGACAAGAAUAAUAUUCGUGAAUUUGUAGAAUCCAAGGGAAGUAGUUUUCGGGUCAAGGACAUGCAUAAAGAUUUAUCGGGAUCGAUUCCAGAAACUUCAACUGAAAUAUAUAAAGAGCCACAAGGAACGCAGGGAAUUGAGCUAUCUAAUCUAGUUAUCGAUACUGAUACAUUGGAACGCCAUAUGGCUUGCGAUGACGAUGAUAUUGAAGAUGAAAACGUAAAGGCGUAUAUAGAGUCACAAAAGUCUCAUAAACUUCGCUUUCUAAAAGAAGUGCAAGAGAGAGGAUUGAGAACAAAACAUAAUGACCCCAAUGAUAAUGAUAAGGUAGUACAUUUGAAUUACUAG